UUUCAACCCUUUUUUUUUUAAUUUAUGUUUUAAAAAAUUAACUUACUAAAUUUAAAUAUUUAUUAAUUUCAAGCUGGGUUAGAUUUUUUAAUUUAAAAUAGAGAAUAAUAAAUAAAUGAAAUCUGAUAAUGCAAAUAUCCAGCCUUAUCCUAUCCUAUUCGACGGUCCUUAAUAUUUCUACAUUUGUUUAUAUUUUAAAAAUUUAACUAAGAACUUAUCCAUAAAUAAGGAUUUGAGUUUGAGUAGGAUUAUAAUGUAAUAUGUAAACAUGCAAUUUACCUAUUUGGUGUAGAAUUGUAGAAGAAAUAGGAAAAAUUAAGCCCCUAUAAAAAACUAAUCCCAUAACUUUAUAUCAUUUGUAUUCACUCUCAACAUCAAAAAGGUUGCAAGAUAGUAGCAAUGGCGGCUUCCAUUUGCCGUAUCAAGCUAAGGGAAGUAACCAAUAAUCUUGAAGUACAACAACGUUAUAGUCAUAUCCCAUAUGACUUUUUCAACAUAGUUGUGGGGAUUCGUUUUGUUUCAUCUCUUAAUAGGGAAACAAUGUUAGGAAGUUUCAAUGAGUCCGUCACAUAUUGUCGGGACACCAUUUUAUCUGACAAAGACGGCCCCAACAUCCUACUCUCCUUGUUAGAAAGAACGGGUGCACCUCUAGGCUACAUUCGGACCUUCAUCAUUCCUGGUAUCUUGUCUUAUGCACGGCAGUUACAUAGUAACCCCCUUAACUUUGCACGUAAACUCAUUUCCUUCGAAGUGGAAGUAAUCAUCAAGGUGUCGGUUGAUAAUUUUGAUGAUGAGGCCGAUGAGCCGAAUGGCAACGACGAUGGUGAUGGUGAUGAUGAGGACACGUUGAAUUUCAAGCCUGCUACAUGUUUGUCAGUUCAAGCUUUGAGAAGGUAUAAAUGGGGUGAUGAUGAAGAACAAGAUUGCCUGCCUUUGAAGAAGAGGAGGAGAUUACGUGAGGGUUUGAACUCAGCGAACAAAGAAUGUGCUAUCUGCCUCGAUGAGUUCUCGGAGGGUGACGAGGUUGCCUCGAUGCCAUGCACACAUGUGUUCCAUGAUGGUUGCAUCAUUAAGUGGUUGAAGACCAAUCACCUGUGCCCGUUGUGCCGGUUCCAGAUGCCAACUUGA